AUGUACUUUUUUCAUAAACGGCGAUGUGUGACGCAAAGGCGCUUGAAGCACCACGGAUCUUGUGACGGCCCUGAUUUUUAUCUCCUACCGAUUUUGUCCUUGAAUGUACUGAAUUUCACCUGCGGGACUUCAUUAUCUACCAAUCUUUUGCGGCUUGGCAACAUUGUAUCACAUAUUUAUUUUAAAUUGGCAACCGACGUACCAACACCAACAUUUCAAAUAAACCAAAAAGUGCUACAGUGUACAGCGAAAGAUCAAAAAUGUCUUGACUUCUCCAUUUUUAUCUUAUUUCUAGGAAAGCUGAAACGAUAA